AUGCAAUUUUUUAAUAAAUCAUAUCGUAGUUUAUUAAGAAUUCUUUUGGAUAUCAACAAUAAUGUAAAAGAGGAUUAUACAUAUGGCGCACAUGUGCAUUAUAACAAAAAAAAAGAGAAAAAAAAUAUAAGAAAUGAACAUAAUUUUUUGAAUUCUCCAAUUUAUAUAAGUACAAUCAUAUACUUUAUUGCAAUAUGUUAUUUUAUACUAUUGAAUACAUGUAUACCUAAUAAUAAUGAAUUAUAUGGGGAAGCAUAUUAUUAUAAAGACAAAAGAUAUUUAUGUGAAGCAGAAACUAUAAAUAUUUCAAGGAGUAAUGUAAAUACACCAUUGACUAGCAAUUUCUUUUCUUUGUUAUAUAAUACAUCUCCUUGUAUAUUAGAUGAUGUUUUUGAAAAUAAGGAAGAAUAUAUGUUAAAGUAUAUUCAAGAAAUAUUAGGUAAUUUAAAUAAAUAUAUAUCAUGGGAUAAUUAUGGUUUGAUUUUACACAUAGAUGAUUAUACUCCCGUUACAUAUAACAAUAAAGAUAUAGAAAUAGAUAAGAAAAUUGAAAUGAUAUGGAAAAAAAGACAGCAUAGAAUAGAAGAUAUCAAAGAUUCUUGGGAUGAAGUAAUGUUAAAUGAAAGUUCAAAAUAUAGUAAUACAGUAAACGAGUUAAAAAAAUAUUAUGAUAAGCUAAGAUAUCAAAAGUUAAUAUUAAAAAGAGAUUAUGAUGAUAUAUGGAAUGAUUAUAGUAAAUUUUUGUUUAUUAUUGAAAAACAUAUGAAAACAGAAUUAUAUAAAAUUUUUAAUGUAUGGUAUUAUAAGAAAGCGUUAUAUAUGAAUGAAUAUCGAAAAUUGGUAAAUUCCUGUAGAAUUGCUUGGAAGGCUUUAUCCAAUCAUCUAAAAUAUACAUUAAAAAUGACGAUUAUUUACGAUAUAGAGAAAAUGAAACAUAUAAGAGAGGCAGAUUUUAAAAACGCUAUUAUGCAUUUAUAUUUAAAAAAAGAUGAUGAUGACGAUGAAUAUUCAAAUAAACAAGGAAAUGAAAAAAGAAAAAAGAAGAAAAAGAAAAAGAAAGAAGGAUUUUUUCAUAAUUUUUUUUGCUUUUUGAAUGAUCCAUAUGAGAUUAAAGAAGAUGAAGAAUCUAUUUCACCAAAUAACGAUUUUAAUUUAUCAGCCGUAAAUUAUUUAGAAUGUUGUAGAACAGCUCGACAUAUUGAUAAAGAAAAAAAAACACAUUCUCGUAAAGUUGAUGAAGAAACUAUGACAGAAUUAGGAAACCCAAUAGAUACUAGAAUGUCAGAAAGAUUAAAAGAAUUAAGAGAAUAUGAAAAAAGAAAAAAAGAAAAGGAACAAAAUAAUAGUAAAUAUGUUUUCGACUAUGGAUCUUUUGAAGAAAAGAGUGAAUCUGAGAAAUCUUUAGAUAUCUCAAAAAAUUUCAUAUUUAGCGAAGAAGUUCGUUCUACUAAUUCCGGUAUGCAUUAUUCUUUAGAUAUAGAAGCUGAUGAAGUUUUAUCAAAAAAUAAAAAUAAAGAGCGUGGUAUGAAUUAUUUAUUAAAAGAAAAUAAUUAUAAUAAUCAUAGUGUUAAUGCAGUAUCACCCGUUAAUACGACAUAUUAUGAAAUAUUAAAUGUAGAUACGAAAGCAGAAUUAAAAGAAAUUAAAAGUAAUUAUUAUCAUUUAUCAUUACAGUAUCAUCCUGAUUAUAAUAUAGGUGAUCGUAUAGCUAAAUUGAAAUUUCGACUUGUCAGUGAAGCAUAUCAAGUAUUAUCUGAUGACGAACGAAGAAGGAUUUAUAAUAAGCAAGGAUUAAAAGCAACAGAAAAAAUGUUUUUAAUGGAACCUGGUCUUUUAUUUAUGAUAAUGUUUAGUAUAGAUGAAAUGUCUGAUUAUGUUGGUGAUUUAAAAUUGUUUUAUUUUAUUAAAGAAGCUUUUGAAAAGAAAAAACGAAUAGAAGAUAUAGAAUCUCCAUUUGAAGAUAUGGAUGCAAAAAUGGAAAAUGACCAAAGAAAAAGAGAAGUUGUUUUAGCUCUUUUGUUAAGAGAAAGAAUACAACCAUAUGUAGAUAAUAAUAAAGAAUGGAUGUGCGAGAUGGAGAAGGAAAUAAAAAGCUUACUAGAAUCCUCUCAUUCAAAUGCUAUUUUAGGAUCCAUAGGAUGGACAUAUGAAAAUGUUGCAACUAAAUAUUUAAGUGAUAUAAAAUCAAAAUGGAGAUUAAAAGAACCAAUGUCAAAAUAUGAUGCAUCUUUUAGACAUGUAAAUAGAUCUAAAAGAACAAAAAUGACUAAGUUGUCAUCUAGGUUUUCUGGAAUGUUUAGUUGUUCUUCUGCCUUAAAAUCGCAAGAACCUUCUAUGGGAGAAACAAGUUCAAGUGAUAACGAUCGUAAUGAAGGAAGUGAAGGUAUUUGUAAUAUGGAUAAUAUGUUUUCCGAAGAAACAUUAUCCUUGUUAGAAAUAGAUGAGAAUAAAUAUUUUGGAUUUAUGACAAUGCAUAUUUUAACAUUAAUUUUAUGGGAUAUAGAAGAAACUACUCAAUAUGCUGCUAGUAGAGUUUUAAGAGAUGAGGGAGUUGAUGAAAAUACACGAAUAAAACGAGCAGAGGCAUUACAAAUUCUAGGAAAAUUAAUGCAGAAAUGGUCAUUAAAUGUUAAGAGUAAAAAGGAAAUACGUGAAAAGGAUAUAAUUGAAAUUAUGGAAAAGGCAAGAGCUUAUAAUAUGUAG